GACUCGUGCGUACGCCCGCACGCCUGUCAGUCCAUCCUCACUCACUCGAUCCUCGCCUGGUCUCUCGUAGCCGCUCUACGGAGGCCGCAGUUCUCUCUCCUCCUUGCGAGAGUUGCACGCUUAUCUCUCGUCCACGUCCUCGUCCUCGUCCUCGUCCUCGUCCUCGUCGUGGUGCCACGACCUCGGGUGAACCUCGAGGUCGAUCGGUAAAGUCCAGUCGAUAACGUGUUCCUCUAUAUAUAGACAGACAUAUAUAUAUAUAUAUAUUUUUUUUUUUUUCAACGCGGCUUUUGACUUUCGAUCGAUCGAUAAUUGGAAAAACGGGUCAUCAGUGAAAUCGUUGGAAAACUGUCGUCUGUCGCGGGUGGAUGUCGGCUAGUAGGAAGAACAGGAUGUCUCUGGGUAGCCUGGGAGGAAUCCUCGCUGUCUUGCUGCUCGUAAUGCUCGAUAUCUCGUGGACCGGGGCGAAACCUCAGCAGAUUAAACCGGGGUGCAGGUACGAGGGUCGCAGAUACCAAGAGGGCACGUCGGUGGUCACGUCCGAGCCCUGUUUGCAGUGCAGGUGUAGCGACGGUGCGCUCAGAUGUCGUCUUCGAGUUUGUCCACGGCUACCAAACCCACCACCCACUGGAUGUCGCGUUCAUUCGCCAGGGGAGAACGUCUGCUGUCCGGAAUUAGUUUGCGACGAGACACGUGACGCGAUGAACAUGCUACGAAGGUCUAACGUUCACGUGGAAGAAGGGGAGAAGAACGAGGUGCCCCAGAACUCUCGUUUUCAAGGUUGCUUGCACGAGGGCGUGAGAUACGGGCCUGGCUCGGCGAUGAUGGGAUCACGUAGAUGCGAGUACUGCUACUGCAUCUCUGGCGCGAGAAGAUGCAUCAGGCCAAAGUGCCUUCUGCCCCUGCCAGGAUGCACUCCGUUAUAUGCUCCGCAGUCUUGUUGCCCGGUUGCCUACAAUUGCACACAUAUCCAUUUUUCGACGAUGGCACCGGUCACGGGAAACGGGUGCCGCGUGGAUUCAAGAAUAUACGAGGAGGGUGAAAUGGUCCGGGACAUCGAGUGGAAAGCUGCCUGCGACAAUUGUUUCUGCGCGAUGGGCGCAGUACGAUGUGUGCCCCUUGCUUGUGCGCCUCCUCUUCAAGGCUGUAGCCCGAUCGUACGCGAAGGACACUGUUGUCCAUCCACCUACAACUGCAGCGGUAGCAUCGAGGUUAAGGCCACCCAGAACUACGCCUCGUACGCGUUCAUCAGCAAGGACUACGCCAAGUUUCGCAAGGAGACCAAUUUCUUCCCGGCAGUCGAUCAAAUAACAAAUCCUCCGGUUGAGGGACGGGGUCAUCGAGUGGUCGAGGAACGAAUCGAUUCGAGUACGAAGGAACUCGUGGAGGAAUCUUCUUCCAUCGUGACUGAUUCCACGUCCUGGCCCGCUACCUUCGAGACUGAUAUUAUGGACAACGAGAUACUCGAGACCGUUGACUACGUGAAGUCCAGCCCGGAAAUCGCCACCACUACUUCUGCCACUGUCGAAGAGUCAACGACGAGCGUCGACUCGUUCACAGUGGAAUCGACUCUGUCCAUCAGGGACGACGAUCUCUCCAACGACUCGUCGACAAUCUUCUCAACGAACAGCGUCGGUGAGUCGACGACGAUCAACGUUAUCGAGGAUCUGUCGUCGAUGGAUGAUACGACGAGCACCACGACUACGACGACGACUACGAUUACGACAACGACGACGACGACGACUACGGAAUCAACGACCCUGUUACCGGAACCGAGUGGAAACGAUACAGUGACGGAGUUGCAGCAGCCAGAGGGGGAGAAGAUGCACAACGUGACCGUGAGGAACAAGAAUGCGACCUCGUCGACGAGCGGAGAGCUCGAACAGGAUUUCGAGCACGCCAACUCGACGGUGAAACCGAUGGAGACCACGGAGUCGAUGAGCAAAGGGUCCGUUACCAGAACGUCAUCCAGCGUGGUAAUGCCGGACGACAUCCUGGUGAUGAACGUGACUGUGAAAACAAACGUCUCGGUGGGUCACAUACAGGGUGUGACGAUCAAUCCGAUUAGAUCGAUCCCGCCGGACGUCGAGGCCAUUCUGAACAUCACUCAUCGGGAAAAGGGCGAGGAUUACGAUUAUGAUUACAGCGAGCCGACGUUGCCGCCGUCGUUACCCAAUGUCAGGAUAAUUCCGUUCGUGGCAGCGGACGCGUUAGUGAAAGACAAGACGGUCCCGUCGCCGGUCACCGGAUAUCCUUCCGGUUCGGUGGUGGUGCCUCCGGAACUCCGGCCCACCGACACCUCCGGAUUUUACGACAUCGCCACUCAGGAAAACAGAUUCAGCCCGCCAGUGGAGACCGAAGGUGGAUUCGUUCCAAGGGAACCGCCCUAUUUCGACGCGCCUUACCAUUCCACUGAUCUGAAUCUCGAAAUCGGAACAGGCGUCACCGUGAUUCCGGCUCCAAUCACCAAUCCUCAUCGUAAAAGCGAUGCCAGCAACUGUCUCUUCGAGAAUAUGGAGCACCGUCACGGGGAGAUUCUGCCGAGCAGCGGUAUCUGCGUGAUUUGCAUGUGCUACUACGGCGAGGUGGUGUGCUCCUCGGAAAAAUGUCCGCCUCUGAAGAUCGGAUGCAGAAGGAUCAACACCGAGGAGACGUGUUGCGGGAAAAUCGUCUGUGUGGAAGCGGAGGAAUCACCAACGUUAGUGUUAGAUCGUGCAGACGCAACAGCGCCGUCGCUUCAUCAACCGAUCGUAUCUCCAGACCCAUUUCGGGACGUGAUCAAGACAGAACCGGCUCCUGAUCUGCCUUCUCUGAUCGAGGACAUGAUCCCUUACCUGGUAGAACACGGGAUCACCACUCCGAGGCCAUCGACCACCAGCACUCUGAUACCUCUGCAAGCAAACUUCGAUUUCGUAGAUAAAUUGGCUAUCCUUCGUCCGCCUUACAGGCCAGACGAGGACCCGACCAGGCUAAUCUCCAAGAAUAAAUACAAUCUGAAUCAAGACGAACAUCCGGUGGAAGCGAUCUCCCCGAGUUACAGUUCCAAAGAAACUGAACAAACGGCAAACCACGUUUCUGAGACGAUCCUUGAGAAAACUGGCUCUCCAAUAACGGAUCGUACCACUAAGAAACAGGAGGGUCAAACUGUCCCCUCUCUCCUCGAUGCAACGAACCCUCACUUCAUCAAAUCGAGCACUUCGUACGUCAACACAUCGACGAACGUCUCGUCGGAGUGGAAGCUCGACGAGUUGAAACUGAAUAAUUCAAAAUUGAACGAUUCGAGAUAUCAUUCUGCCACGAGUAAACCAUCUUCCGCAGAGUUGGAGGAUCCUAUAUUCAGCCUGGACAGUGUUCUAGAUUUGUUGUUCUCUUCGGAUAUGAAUAACAAUCAGGAGGAUAAAGAUACGAAGGCAACCGAGACAUCGACCACGAGCAGAUCAACCACGGAUGUUAGUCGCGAGUCAGAGGGUGAGAGGAUGUCUUCUAGAGCGAGCGAGAAAACGGAGGAACACGUGACGGAGGCUGGAACGUCUUCGAAGGUGCUGGAGAACGAGAUACCCGUGUCGGUGGCUAGUUUGUUAAAAUUGGCCGGAUGCAACAUCUACGGGAGAAUGUAUCGCGUUGGUAGGAUCAUCACCGAGCUGUCUGGACCUUGUCUGGAGUGCAGGUGCACGGAGAUCGGUGUACAGUGCAAGCAGCUUAAGUGUUGAUCGAAGCUGGCUGUGCCAAGCUGGGCCAAGCUGUUUUCCUUGCAAUUAGGUUCGUUCGAGUUAAUGGAUUCACUGCUGCACGUCUGGACGCAUUCCCCCGAGGGGAUGCUUUUGGACAGUUGGACAAAAGGAAAGAACGAAGAAGUGCAUUGGUAAAUUUUUGCGGUGAGACAGGUAAAUGAGUGGCGGAUGUGAGAAGG